AAAUUGUCUUGGAUUGGAUUGUGACAGUACACGGUCGUGUCGUGGCACUCAAGAAUGUUGCCGUAAUAAUGUGUGUGUUAAUUGCUCAAAGCCGGGUUGCAGAAAUAAUGACGAGUGUGGGAGGGGACAAUCUUAGGGAGAUAAUUUUUGUCGUUCCUCUUGCAUUGGAGCUAGAUGUGAAGCUGACACAGAUUGUGCUAGUCGUGAAUGUUGCCAUGAAGAGAAGUGUGUUAAAUGUUCUAGCCUUCAGUGCUCUUCCAAUUCUGCCUGUGGCUCUGGAUAUUGUUGUAAACGACGGUAUUAUUACGACAAAAGUCGGUGUAUGACAGCUGGCUGUAUUGGCCAAACAUGUGCUCAAAGUAGUGACUGUGGUGGCUUGAACGAAUGUUGUAGAGAUAACAUAUGUGCAUAUUGUUCUGAGUCGAGGUGCAAAGAUAAUUCCGAAUGUCCUCUUGGUGAAUAUUGCUGCAAGAGAAACGGACAGGCAAUGUGCAGAGAAACUUGUGAGGGACAAUUUUGUAACGCAGCUAAAGACUGUGGCGCUCCAGGGGAAUGUUGCAUUGCAAAUAAAUGUACAACAUCUGGAUGUCACUGUAUCUCUAAUUCCGAUUGUAAAUUUGGUGAAUACUGUUGCACGUAUGCUUGCAAUUCUAGUUGCAUUGGAAAAGGGUGUUUAUGGGACAACGAUUGUGGAGCUCCAGGAGAGGAAUGCAUUUAUCCAGACAGUGAUUGUGUUUAUAGUCGUUAUGAUAAAAAGUGCCCUAAACUACCCGUAAAGAAAUGUUUUAACAAAAACGGUUGUUAUUCCCAUGACGACUGCAAUGUAUUUGGUAGCGGUUAUUACUGCUGUAAAGGGCAAUACUCAUUUGAUGAAAGAAGCUGUAAUUCAAAUUGUCUCAAGAAAUUUUGUAACAAAGACAGUGAUUGUGGUGGUUCCAGUGAAUGCUGUGACUCUAAUAAUCAAUGCUACAAGUGUCCAAAUAAUGUUCCCGCAUGGGUAAUCGGCAUUACAGUCGGAAUUGCGCUAUUGAUUAUUACUGCGGUUGGUGUUGUGUUCAGAUAUAUUUAUUCCAAACGCAAGCAGGAAAGGAUGGAAACUCAACCGUCUCAAACAGGUGUUAUAGAAAUGGAAUUCCAACAGAAUAACCGCCACCAAAAUAUCUAUAGUGCGGGAUUGCAAAGCACCGUUGGUGCUUGGUUUGUCGACGAUAUCCAAUCUUCCCUGCCAACUCAACCUUGGACAGGGAUUUUACCCUCCCAGACUGUCUUGCAACAAAUGCCUGUUAUGCCAUUCCAAAAUUUAGAAAUAAAUAAUCCUGGCAACGUAGAAUCCAAUAAAUCACUUGCAGGAAAUAGGAAUGACGAUAAUGAAACAGUAAUUCCAAGUGCUCCUCCCCCGCCCUAUCCUGUUACGCCCCCUCCGCAUCCUCCUCCAACUUAUCAAAACCUAUUUGGGAACCGCUAGACUCUUGGGCACUAUAAUGAUAUAUCUACCACACCCAUUGCCGUUGCUCGAUUUUGGUAUUAAAAUUUUGCUCAAGACCUCGCAUUAAAAGUUGAUGGUGGUGGGCUUUGGCAGGGCUCGAAACUUGCGGUAUCCUGAUAUCCAGGGACGCCGGAACUGGGGGGCAGGGGGGGCGGCUGCCCCCCUUGCCUUUUGCCAAGGGGGGCAGGGGGGGCAGAAGUGCCCUUUUAGUUGUAAAAUAAUACGUGAUAAAUCACAUUUCCAACGAUACUUUUUGUAGGAAAAUCACGAGAUUCAGGUAAUUUAUAGUUCAUAUUUAUAAAAAUUUUGGGAAAUUUUUGGAACUUAGAAAAAUAUUUUGAAGAAAUGGGGAAAAUUUAAGAUAUCCGGAAAACUUUUUGGCUUCACGGAAAAUUUUUGUAUGUCCGGAAAAAAAUUUUGACCCCUAAAAUGGUACACUGACCAAAAUUUUUUUGGCGACGGAGGGGGGGGUUGGGGGGAGGUCGCCAAAAAAUUUUGCAGUGAAAAAAAAUUUUUCAGUAAAGGUGCCCUUGGUGUGCGUCCGCCCCCCUUUGCCCUAUUAUCGUUCCGGCGUCCCUGCUGAUAUCCACGAGAUAUCAGAUUUUAAUUUUGGAUACUGGGUAUCAUAAGCUCAGUAUCCCAACUGGAUACUAGGAAAAUUUAGAAAUUGCGAUAGUAGAUAAUCAUCUAGACGUUUGGCAUGUUUUUGAAAUUCAAUGUCUACGGAUUUUGGCAGAAUAGUUAAAAAAAAAAAUUCACAAACGGUGCUUUCUUUCAUAUCGUCGCAGUGCGUAUAUUUUCAAUUUUUCGAAUUUCAAUACAUAUUUUUAUUAUUCAAACUAAAGGCCUGGUUUGUUGCUUAGCAACUGAAGGCAAAACGUAAAAUAUUUGCAAAAUAUUUGCAUGCCGCAUGUAUAUUUAAAUUCAGGAAUCGAAGCACGAAUAUAUUUGCGAUUUUUAAAAUUUUUAAUCAUUUAAAACAAUGUUUAAGAUAUUGAUAGUUUGGCUUCUCAUUCUGACAGUGAAGAACAAGAUAUGCCAAAUGGCCCGAAUGCUGUAACAGCUUCACCAGUAUCGCGUAUAGAUGGAGCCUCAUUGUUUGAUCAGAUUCUUCAGAGUCAGACUCAGAAUUUUAUGGAUUUGAGUUUUAAUUGCAUCAUGAACAAGGGUGGGUAGUAGCGAAGUAGUUGUAGUUCACUACUGUAGCGAAGUAGCCAGUAGUUUUUGACUACUUUUUUAAAACAGUAGCUGUAGUUAUAGCGAACUACAUUUUGCCUAAAAGUAGCCAAGUAGUUGGCUACUUUUCAAACGGCGAAUCGCUAUUCGCUACUUUUUAAAAUUGUUAGCAACUUGAUAGAAUAGCAUGAUAUUGAGACACGGUCUGCUUAAAAUCAAUACUCAGUGGUCAUUUUGCACUCCUGAACACUGUAGUGCUUCCAAAAAUGUUGCUUUGUGUUUACUGUUGUCUGUUGCUACUCGUAAGUCGAUUUGUUAUAGGUUACGUUACAGCCUGAGUUAAUAGUACAUGCUCCAAAUACAGUAAAACUAAAAAAUAUAGAUUAGCGAAAUAGCGAAAUAGUUCGCUACAUUUUUUAAGCAGUAGCUGUAGUCAGUAGCGAACUACCUUUGUUCAAAAGUAGCAGUAGUUGUAGCUGACUACAUAUUUUUGAAGUAGCUGUAGUUAUAGCGAACUACAAAAAUUUUGUAGUCAACCCACCCUUGAUCAUGAAAAAGACAUUUUCACUUAAGUUUACCAUAUUUGUUCUGUUAUCAAAUAAAUAAUACUAAAUAAUCUAUAUGAUUUAUAUAAUAUUACUUACGGUCUGAAUGUUUAUUUUAUAAACAUAAAACACUUACAGUAUUAUGUGAAAAUUAUAUAUAAUUAUUAUUGGAGGAGUGGAGUUUAUAAUAUUGCACUUGUUUUAUAAAAAAUAUAUUUUGCCUUGCUUGGAUACUGGAAAUAGAAUAUCUAGUAUCCAAAUCUGGGAUACUAUAUUUCAAGGAUGGAUACUAGAUUCUAUGGUGCUGAUAUCCACUUGGAUACUGACAAAAAUUGAAAGUUUCGAGCCCUGGCUUUGGAGAGAUGGGCUGAAAACACAUUCAUCCCAGGUCUUGAAUUGGAACUUCAAGACUCGGGAUGCCGGGUCUUGAGUUUCAAGUCCAAGACUUAUACCAAGUCUUGAACUUGCAAUUCAAGACCUUCUAGAGGCAGGCAUCCGCAGCUACCAAACUCAUGGAUCAAGCUUCACAUUUCCUUUUCGACAAGACAUUAUAGACAACGCUGCACUCUAAGUUAUGCGAACCUUCCAGAAAAUGGGUUGCUUGAUCUAAUGAAUAAAGAGUCCAGAAUUGUACCAUUUAACUAACAUUAAAUUCGUUUUUAAGAUAAUCAAUUAAUCGUGUCGAUCAGUGUUGUUGUUUAUAAUGUACAGUUAUUGCUAUGA